AUGAAGGUGUGUUUUCUUCUCCUCCUCAUACAGCUUCAUAUCACUGAAGGCUGCAGACUGGAAGGAUCCAGAGAGACAAAACCCAUCACUGCAGACACAGGAGACUCAGUACUGCUGCCCUGCUCCUGCACUGACCUCUACACCACACCUGGGACAUUCACAUGGGAGAAACUCAUAACAAAUCAAUAUGUAGAGAUAUCUCCUGAGAGUGAUCAGUACAAAGGCAGAUUUCAGCUGGUUAAUGAUCACUCUUCAGGAAAUCUCUCUCUGCUCAUAUCACACCUGACUGUAGAGGAUGAUGGAUUUUAUAGGUGUAAUGUUAAAGGUGGUGAUUACAGAGAUUUCAGACUCACUGUUGAAGGUUGCCUGCAGAAACAGACAGUGAGUGUGACUGUAUACGUGGGACAGUCUGUCCUUCUGCCCUGCUCCUGCUCUCAACUACAAGCCAAACCACACACUCUCAGAUGGAUCUUUUAUAAAGGAUCUGAUCAGAAAGAAAUCUUCCCAAUAGAUGAGACAAAUCACUACACAAACAGAGUUCAGCUCAUUAAUGAUCUUCGUCCAGGAAAUCUCUCUCUACUCAUAUCACACCUGACUGUAAAGGAUAGAGGAUGGUACAGGUGUCAGAUCAGCAACAAUGACCAGAAAUACAUCUCACUAAUAGUAAAAGAGGCCACAAGAAGACCUUCAACACCCAGACCAAAGACCAAACCCACUUCCACAGCAGUUCUUGUAGACGUCACACCUACAAAACCAACCCUGGUGGUCAAGAACAAAAUCAGUCCACAGCCUGAAACCUCUGAUAAUAGUAAUGCUAAAUUCACUACAUUAACUUCAUUAACAGUUUUAAGAAUCAAUGUUUCCUGUGAUCAUUUCCAAAAAUGGAAAGAAUGUUAUUGGAAGAAAAGAUACUACUAAUUUUCUAUACACAUUACACAAUCAAUCAAGAUGUCUGAUUAUUAGAUUUUCAUAUCUAAAAUCACUUAUUGUUUUCUGCAGAAACGAAAUGUGCACAAAUUCAUUAUGACAUAUGCAGUGUUCCCUUUUAAAAGCUACACUCAAUGCUGCGCGAAAGCGC